AUGCCUCACGGUCUUACUGUACUCACUGCCACAAUGACGGGAGGCGCCGUUGGCGGCACCGCAUCAAGUGGCGCUUGCUGCGGCGGCUGGUGCCCCUUUUGUCCCACAGCCACAGCAGCGGCAGGCGCGCCUGCCGCUGGGGCUGCAGCACCAGCAGCGGCAGGAGCCGCAGCGGGCAUUCCAGCAGCGGCUGCAGCUCCCGCUGCGGCUGCACCAGCAGGAGCUGGUAUUGCAGGCAUAGGCGGUGCUGCAACUGGAGGCUUGGGAGGGGUGGGUGCUGGUGCCUCAGGUGGGGCGCCUAUGCUCCCAGGACUUGUGGCUGUAGGCAGUGGCGCAGGUGCAGCAGCUGCAGCAGGAGCUCCUCUGCUUAAGCAGGCCAUGGGGGUUGUGACGGGUUUGCUGCUCCUGCCCACGAAGACGUCUGCGCUUCUCGCAAACAUGCGUCGGGAGGAGGAAGAGGAUGACGAGGACACGCAAGCCAGCGACGGGGAGAUCACUGUGACAACUGCAGAAACAGCGUCAACAGAGACCGCCAAUAUGAGCAGCGCCGCUGUCUCCGCUCCGGACCAGCGGACGGUGAAGAUCAUGAACAAGGAAACCGUGGACGUCUUGCAGCCAGAGGACGUGCCUACUACAGGGGGGGGUCCUGAGGUGUACAGCAGCUUCCUGUAG